AUGUCACAUUGUAAACACGUUGUAUUUAAAGACACACGUAUUUUAUUGACUCCACAGAAUACAGUUAUUAACACUUUGCGUCAGUUUCAUGUUUAUUGUUCUUGUAGAAUAAAUUUGACAAUGGGCAAAAAGAAUCGGCGGAAUCAGAUGCACAACAAUAGCAUACGUGAAAAUGCAACAAACAGCAAUCCAACUACCGCAGGGGUGGUACAUGAUGAGAUGAGAGUAAGACCAUUUAAGAAAUUGCCACAGCCUUUAGCAAAAAUUCCCACAAAAAUUAACCUUGUUGUUAUUGCAACUGGAGGACCAGGGACAUCACGAUCACUGUUGGUGACAACUGAGUAUCAGAGGUACAUGUUCAACUGUGGAGAAGGGACACAAAGACUGGCAGCAAUGAGUAGAAGUUUACGAGCAUCAGCCUAUGCCAAACUGGCUGGGCUAGAACAUGUUUUCAUUACUCACAAAAGCUGGGAGAACGCUGGAGGAUUACUUGGUAUGGCAAUGACGCUGGAAGGUCAGAAAAAUCCAGAUUCAAAGGCUUACUUGACCAGAGAUAAACUUCAUCCUGGACGUAACAAUCCUCGGAUAACAAUCCAUGGUCCACCAGGCGUGGAAAACAUUGCAUGGAUGGCCAAAAAGUUUUCAGACCACACAAACUUGAACAUUGUGAGGCAUGAUGGGGUGUUUAAAGAUGCAGCCCUAACUGUGACUCCUAUCCCAGUGUGCCUUUGGGCAGCAGAGGAAGACGCUGCUCCUGCUCCAGCUAAAAGACAAAGGAGGCUGUCUGGGCAGGGCGAGGUGUUGGUAGAUGAAGCUUAUGCUUACCUCUGUCAGGCACAACCCCAGCUGCCAAAAAUCAAUGUGGAAAAGUGUGUGGAAGCUGGCGUCACAAUCGGCCCGAUGGUGGGAUGUCUGCAAAGAGGAGAGUCUGUUACACUUGACGACGGCAGGGUUGUUCACCCAAACCAGGUUACAGAUUUGGUCCCAUCUGAUAAUAGACCAUUCUUGGUUGUUGAGUGUCCGAGCCUCGACUUCCUUCCUUCGCUUCGUCAGUGCUCACAGCUGCAGCCGUACUUGGAGAAGUCAGACGAGUCGCUGGCAGUAAUAGUACACAUGACGCCAGCGGAUGUUUUCAAAUCUGAAGGGUACCAGUCGUGGAUGAGUGGAUUCCAUGACAGCACAGACCACAUGGUCAUCAAUCGAGAUGCCAGUGAAGCAGAUCUGAUCCGAGUGAGAGACCAUCAGGCAAGACUCAACCUAAUCAGCCAGGAAGUGUUUCCAAUGUUGCCAGAUUUUGACAAAUGUGCAACCAAUGUGGUAAAUCCUGCUGAUAAACCCGAGGCUGCAUUGCCACAGAAGGAAGAGGGAUUACAGACCAAGUCGUCGGUGCUGAAUAAACAGGGUCAGAUAGUGAAGGCUUGUCCUGGACUGCUGUAUGUCUACAGAGGAAAGGAGGGAUUAGGUUUUCAAGUUGAGUUGGAUGAAUGUAAUAGCCAGGAUAUACAGAAAAGCUACCUGUUAGAGCCAGAAGUCAGAGAACAGAUAGCUGCUCUCAGAAAAGUUGUUCCAGCAACUUCGGAGGAAAGCACUGAAGGAGAAGAGGAGAAUAUCACCAGAUAUCCCAGAGUGACUUUCCUUGGUACUGGGUCGUCAGAACCAAAUAUGAUGCGCGCACAGAGCUGUAUUGUGGUGCAAGUGAGCAAACACUCAGCAGUGGUGCUGGAUUGUGGAGAGGACUCCUAUGGGCAGUUGUACCGCUUCUUUGGCAAAACAAAAAGCAGCCAAAUUCUUUGCAAGAUCAAAGCUAUCUUUAUUUCACACUUGCAUGCCGAUCAUCAUCUAGGCCUAUUUUCACUAAUGAAAGAGAGAAAGAUUGCCUUUGAUGAAAGUGAUAAGCCAUUCGUCCCUCUACUUCUCAUUGCCCCAAUCCAGAUGCGGAGAUGGAUGAGGUUUUACCAUCAGGAGAUGGAGAAAGUCACACACUUGUUCAGGUUUGUCAGACACCAGGUGGAGCUGUCUGAGUUUUCUGAUGGGGUGACAAUGGAGACAGCCACAUUUGAGGAUGUUAAAAAGGAGCUGAAUCUCACAGAGUACAAAUCUGUUGAAGUGGAGCACUGCAAUAAUGCCUUUGGAGUCAGUUUUACCCAUGCUAACGGGUUCAAGCUGGUCUACUCUGGAGACACUCGGCCAUGUGACAGUCUGGUUGCUGCAGGUGAAGACUGUGAUCUGCUGAUACAUGAGGCCACACACGAGGAUAGUCUUCUGGAGAAUGCUAAAGCAAGCAAACACAGCACAUUUUCUGAAGCCAUUGAUGUGGGAAAGAAAAUGAAAGCCAAAAAUACAAUACUGACCCAUUUCAGUCAGCGAUACACCUACAUGGUGCCUUUGUUUGACGUGGAUUUACCCCAGAAUGUUGGUGUUGCAUUUGAUAACAUGCAGGUGACUCCAAAAACACUGAGGUACCUUCCCCAUAUGAUCCCGGCUCUGACUUCGCUGUUUUUCCAAGAACUUCAGAGGUUUGAAAGUAAAAACAUCAGACGUGUCCGAGAAGAAGCAGAAACAAGAUCUCAACAAAGCAGGGCUGACAGCCAAUGA